AGCCACCACUAUCUUGCGCAUAACACCAGACAAUUAAUUCUCAGAAUAUUUCCAGCACACAAGUAUCUUUCCAAGGCCGGCUUAGGUGCUUGAGAUAGAUUAUAAAUUGUUGCAAGUGUCACAAACAAUCUUGUCCAUCACUACGCCUCCUUAGUCAAUUUAGAUAUCUUUACAAAAUGGUUGAAGAGAAGGGAAGAAUCGCGAAAGAUGUUACUGAAUUAAUCGGAAACACCCCAUUGGUCUACCUCAACAAUAUCGUUGAUGGAUGUGUGGCCAGAGUUGCUGCGAAGCUGGAGAUGAUGGAACCUUGCUCCAGCGUUAAAGACAGGAUUGGGUAUAGUAUGAUCACUGAUGCAGAAGAGAAAGGCCUUAUCACCCCUGGGCAGAGUGUCCUCAUUGAGCCAACCAGUGGUAACACUGGCAUAGGGUUAGCAUUCAUGGCUGCUGCUAAGGGUUACAGGCUCAUCAUUACCAUGCCAGCUUCAAUGAGUCUUGAGAGAAGGAUCAUCCUCCGAGGUUUUGGUGCUGAGCUGGUCCUUACUGACCCAGCAAGGGGUAUGAAAGGUGCAGUCCAGAAGGCCGAAGAGAUAAUGGCAAAAACCCCUAAUUCAUAUAUUCUUCAGCAGUUUGAAAACCCAGCCAACCCAAAGAUUCACUACGACACAACUGGACCAGAGAUCUGGAAAGGCUCCGGAGGCAAAGUUGAUGCCUUUGUGUCUGGAGUUGGAACUGGCGGAACCAUAACAGGUGCAGGGAGAUACCUCAAAGAGCAAAAGCCUGAAAUCAAGCUUAUUGCCGUUGAACCAGUUGAAAGUGCUGUUCUAUCAGGAGGAAAGCCUGGUCCACACAAGAUCCAGGGAAUUGGUGCUGGCUUUAUUCCUGGUGUACUGGAAGUUAAUCUCAUUGAUGAUGUUGUUCAAGUGUCAAGUGAGGAAGCUAUUGAAACUGCAAAGCUUCUUGCAGUGAAAGAAGGGCUAUUUGUUGGGAUUUCAUCUGGAGCUGCCGCUGCUGCUGCCAUCAAGGUUGCAAAGAGGCCAGAAUAUGCAGGGAAACUCAUUGUUGUGAUUUUCCCUAGCUUUGGAGAGCGAUAUCUCUCCUCUGUUCUGUUUGAAUCAGUGAGACGGGAGGCAGAAAACAUGGUUUUCGAGACAUGAUAAGUUGCAAUGCCGACCAGCAGCGACAGAUAGAAAGAGCAAGAGAGUGCAACUAUACCAUUAUCUUCUAUGCUGUUGCUCAAGUGUGAAGAUGCGGUUACAUUGUUCUUAAGCAUUAAGGUUUUACAUUACUUUUCUCACACUAGACUAUCUUUGCUCAAAUAAUACCAAUAAGUUUAUCCAAUGUUUUAUCAUAUGUAUUAGGGCUGUUAACUUUGAAAUGUAAGGAAUGUUGUCAGCAAGGUUGAUGGUAUAAUAAAGUUUCAAUUGUUCAUUA